AUGUUAAAAGCGGCCGCAAUUGCUAAAGAAAAGCGGUUUUAUCGUUAUGGAGAACAAAUCCUCCAACGGCGCAACUGUCGUUAUAUCUUCAUUAUGAACGUGAGUUUCUUACUGUAUUUUGAGUUUUUUAUUUACUUUGUACCGUGCUUCUAAAUGCCAUAUUCUUUAUAUUAUACAUCACUGUAUGGCCUUCUUACUUCAGAUAAUCUUGUUGCUUGUCGUCCUCAUUGUGAACAAAGCUACUGUCAGUUUUAAGGAGGCAUUUGAGGUAAAACAUUUUAAGCAAAACUAUUUUUACUGACUAUUUUUAUCAUUUUGCGAUUUUUUAUUAUUUUUAAUUGAUUAUGAAUACUUUUAGAUAGCUUUAGAAGGGGUAAAAAACGAAGAGGAGCUAUAUCAGUAUCGUCACAUUCAAGAGAACGCUGUUGAGUUGCGAUGCCCUUAUGGAAUGUUCACUGAGUUUAAUAUUGUAAGUUAUUUAUUAGCAUUUUUAAAAGUAAAAUGGUCCUUUUCUUAACUUUUAUGAAAAAAAAUGAUUUUUGGGCUAAAAAUUUAUUUGGACCUCUUCCUCAAGGUUAAUAUAGGCUUGUACUAUAAUAAUAACAAAAAUUACUUAACAGUCGGACAGAUUGUAUAGUUUAAUUACUUUUAAAAGUUUACUAUGUCUUUUUUAUUUUGGAUAUCAUUUCAAACAUAUACAUUAACUAGAGCAGAUCUCAAAGGGAGUAAACUAGGUCCGGCCCGGCUCGGCUUUGUUGCAGUCCGGCUCAAGAAGCAAAAUUGAAAGCUCUAAUGGGCCUAGCUUAGGUCCCACAACGAAAGAUUUGACUUGCAGAAAGUGUAUUCCUUUACAGUUUAAAGUAGAGUAAACCAUUUUAGGAUGAAUGUAUGAAUAAUUGUCAAGGUUCUAUGGUACGAGAACGAAAAAUCCUUCGCCCUCCUUCGACAUUCGGGUUGAAUUACGUUUACACGCAGUGUCCUCCAUUGGUUGAUAUUGUAAGUUAUGUUUUUAAUUUUCUUAUUUAAAGCUGGUUUUGAUAAUAUAACGUUUUGAAGUUGAUAUGAUGUUAUAGUAGGGGUAAUCCUCUCAUUUUUUAUUUUUAUUUUUUUUUGGUGGUACAACCUUCUUGUUUUGAUAUCAUAUUAUAAUAGGUUGUUCAGAUAAUUUUGUGAUUUCUUUAAAAAAAAAGUUUUGGGGUUAAGGGGCACAGAAAUAUGUGAACGACCUGUUAUUUUGUUGCUGAAGAUUUUUAUUGGUUCAGCGUGUCGUAUGCUUUUUCUAUUUCAAAUCAAAAUUCUGUGGUUUUUCAGAUGCCAUGCCACAUAGAAUUCUGUAACAUAAGUCAUUUUGAAGAACCAGUCGAAGAAUGUAAAGGAUCACAAUUAACAAAUACGUUCGGCGAUGGUCAAAGUAAAAUGGUAGGUUUUGUGAAUUUUAUCGUAUGUUAACUAUAACGAGAGCUACGUUGUCAAGUAUAGGCUUACAGAGUGCGCCAAAAGUUCUUUUACAAAACUUUACCGGUUGUAUGUUGCGGUUAAAUUAUCUAAAAACUGUGUGACUCAUAUUUGACAAAGUAAUUCUUGUUGUUACGACAUAUUCUUUGAUUUAUAUUACAUAUGGCCUUACCUAUAACAAUUUAAUUUUAUACCUAUAACAUUUUAAUUUUAUUUUUUUUAUAGGUCUUUCAAUAAAUUUUUGGUCUACUUUAGUGAUUUUAGCUCCAUUUUUGACUAAUUUAAAUCUUUUUAGGUAAUAAACAAGGAGAAGAUGGGUCCCAUCGCUUUGAACAUAGAAUUCAUUACAAUUUGUCCAGCCUGCAAAGUAGUCAACUGCUUUGGAGCGUAAGUUGUGGGACGAUUUUAAUAUUAAGUGGUUCAAUUAAUUAUGUGCCCUUUUCAAAAAAACUUUUUUGGGAACAGGGGGCACCUAAUUAUUUGAAUAACAUAAUAGGGCUAUGGCUUCUCCUUUUUAUCAUUUUUUCCUCGUUUUCUCAACGUUACCUACCUUACAUCUCUGUCUACUCUUUUCUAGCGUACCACUGACCCUCCUUUCCGUAUUCACCCUAUCCAAAAUGUUAUACUACAUUGUAUAAAAGUUAAAACCGAUUUCAAUUUCAGAAAAAAACAAGCUUGUUAUUUGGAACAAGAAGAAUUAUCACCAGGAUAUCCAGCUCAUCGCCAUUGUGAACCAAUCCUCCUAGAUACCAAUUGUAGUCAUACACCUAACCACAACUUCACAAGAACUCGAGAAGCUUUGGCGUAUUACAAGGAAGUGAACAAUAAAAUUCUAUAUUGA